AUGCGCAUCACCACGGUGACCUGCCUUCCCUGCCCCUCCCCCCUCCUCCUCCUAUUGGUCCACCUGCUAGUGCGGCUUCUCCUCUCUGGGCCAGAAUUUGUAGGGGCCGCCUCCCCCUGCCCCACCCAUUGCAGCUGCUCCAAUCAGGCCAGUCGAGUCAUCUGUACGAGACAGAGUCUGGAUGGGGUGCCUGAGAGCAUAUCAGUCAACACACGAUACCUCAACCUGCAAGAGAAUUCAAUAGAGGUUAUCAAGUCAGACACCUUCAAGCACUUGAGGCACCUUGAGAUCCUGCAGCUGUCUAAGAACAAAAUCAGUCAGAUUGAGGUGGGAGCAUUCAAUGGCCUGCCCAACCUCAAUACGCUGGAGCUGUUCGACAACCGCCUCACCCUGGUCCCCUCACAGGCCUUCGAGUACCUCAGCAAGCUGCGGGAGCUGUGGUUACGGAACAACCCCAUCGAGACGCUGCCGGGCUACGCCUUCCACCGCGUGCCUUCGCUGCGCCGGCUGGACCUGGGAGAGCUCAAGAAGCUGGACUACAUCUCAGACGCCGCCUUCGUGGGCCUGGUCAACCUGCGCUACCUGAACCUGGGCAUGUGUGGUCUGAAGGACAUCCCCAACCUGACGGCCCUGGUGCGUCUGGAGGAGCUGGAGCUGUCUGGGAACCGUCUGGAGAUCAUCCGGCCUGGCUCCUUCCAGGGCCUGGUGUCGCUCCGUAAGCUGUGGCUCAUGCACUCGCAAGUGAAGGUCAUCGAGCGCAAUGCCUUCGACGACCUGAAGAACCUGGAGGAGCUCAACCUUUCCCACAACUCCCUGCACUCGCUGCCCCAUGACCUCUUCACCCCGCUGCACCAGCUGGAGCGGGUGCACCUCAACCACAACCCCUGGGUGUGCAACUGUGACGUGCUGUGGCUCAGCUGGUGGCUGAAGGAGACGGUGCCCAGUAACACUACGUGCUGCGCCCGCUGCCACGCUCCCCCCGGCCUGAAGGGCAGGUACAUCGGGGAGCUGGACCAGAGCCACUUCACCUGCUACGCUCCCGUCAUCGUGGAGCCGCCCACCGACCUCAACGUUACCGAGGGCAUGGCUGCAGAGCUGAAGUGUCGCACGGGCACCACCAUGACCUCGGUCAACUGGCUCACGCCCAACGGCACCCUGAUGACCCACGGCUCCUACCGGGUCCGGAUCUCCGUGCUGCACGACGGUACGCUCAACUUUACCAACGUCACACUGAGGGACACGGGUCAGUACACCUGCAUGGUGACCAACUCGGCUGGCAACACCACGGCAACCGCCGUGCUUAAUGUCACUGCCGCCGACGUUGGCGUCAGCUACUUCACUACUGUCACCGUGGAGACGGUGGAGCCCAACGAGGGCCCGACAGUCUACGCGGGCGUCAUGAACAGCCACAACGAGUCAUACGUCAUUACCCCGUCUGGCCACCAGUGGAGGGGGGGGCUCCCUACCACCGCCUCCUCCCUGUCAGCCUGGUCCUUGUCCUCGUCCCGGGCCACCCGACCCACCUUUACUGUGCCCAUCACUGCCGAGACGGGCUAUUCUGGCCUUGAUGACGUGAUGAAGACCACCAAGAUCAUCAUUGGCUGCUUCGUGGCCAUUACCUUCAUGGCAGCCGUGAUGCUGGUGGUCUUCUACAAGCUGAGGAAGCAGCACCAGCUGCACAAGCACCACGGCCCCGCCCGCGCCAUCGAGAUCAUCAACGUGGAGGACGAGAUUGGCGCCGGUGCCGGUGGACGCGGGAGCGGUAUCUCAGGGGGCGGCACCGUCUCUCGGGAUGGAGGCGGAGGGGGAGGAGUAGGAGGAGGGCAGAGCCUGAGGAUGCAUCACCCGGAGAUGGUCAACCUGCCCAACCUGGCCAGACAGGAGCACCUCAACCACUACUACAAGGCCCACCACUUCAACAACAACAUGAUGGGCCUGGGCAUGGGCCUCAACAACAACAACAACCCCUCCCUCUCCCCCUGUUCCCAGACCCAGAGCACCCCCAACUCCUGCGCACAGGGGCACACCUCCACCAGCGGUGGCACCCCCACGGGUGGCUCGCUGCCCUCCCCUGUGCCCCUGCCCCAGCUGGGCAUCCACAGCUCUCUGAAGGGGCUCAUGGGGAAAGGGCAGAACCCUCAGAUCGAGCCUCUGCUCUUCAAGAGUGGCUCCAAGGAGAAUGUGCAAGAGACUCAGAUCUGA